CGUUCGCACCUGAACUAACACAGACCACGAUGAACUCGCUGGUGGUGUUGUUUACCGUGAUGGCGCUGGCCGCCGCCAGCCCCUCGGGCCUGCUGGCGCCCGCGCCGCUGCCGCUGGCGUACUCCGCGCCGCUGCUGGCCGCCGCGCCCGCCGCCGUCUCCAGUCAGUCCCGCCUCGACAUCAAGUCCUCGCCGGCCGUCGUCAGCACUUCAUACGCCGCUGCUCCCGUGGCCUACGCCGCACCGGCUCCCAUUGCUCCCGUGGCUUACUCCGCACCUGUGGCUGCCGCUGCUAUCGCGCCCGCUGCCGUCUCACACCAGUCCCGCAUUGACAUCAAGUCAUCCCCGGCUGUCGUCAGCACUUCUUACGCUGCUGCUCCCAUUGCCGCUGCGGCUCCCGUCGCGUACAGCGCCCCUAUUGCUUACUCUGCGCCGGUGGCCGCUGCGGCCAUCGCUCCCGCCGCAGUCUCCCACCAGUCCCGUGUCGAUAUCAAGUCAUCCCCGGCUAUCGUUAGCACUUCCUACGCCGCCGCUCCCGUCGCCUACGCUGCUGCUGCCCCCAUCGCCUACAGCGCCCCGCUGAUCAAGACCGCGGCCGUCGCCACUCCCGUCGUCGCUACUGCUGGCUACGCGGCGCCCAUCGCCACUGCCGCCCUGCCCCUGGACACUCCCGAGGUGAUCGCCGCCCGUGCCGCGCACUUCGAGGCCUAUGCGCUCGCCGGCUCGCACCUGAUCAAGAAGCGCUCGGCGCCGCUGUACGCCGCCCCGGUCGUGUCCACCUACUCCGCGCCGCUCGCCUACUCCGCGCCCAUCGCUCCCGUGACGUCGUACGCCUCCUACACCCCCCUCACCUACUCCUCGCCCCUCAUCACCAAGGCCUACAGCGUGCACCCCUGCGAUUACUUUGAGAUCAAUUUCUUCUUCGAUGACACUAAAGCAGAAAUAACUCAAAAAUCGGUCGGACAAGUAAAAUCAACACAGACCACAAUGUUCAAGCUGGUGGUGUUGUUCGCUUCUGUGGCUCUGGCGGCGGCCAAGCCUGGCGUGUUGGCGCCCGUGGCCUACAGCGCGGUGCCAGCCGUGAGCUCCGUGUCCCAGUACAGCAGCAGCGUGGCGCACGGCUCCCCCGUGGUACCCGCCGUGUACUCUUCAGCUGUAGUCCCCGCCGCGUAUAGCGCUGCUGUGGUCCCCGCCGUCGCCCCCGCUGUGGUUCCCGCUUACGGCUACGGUCUGUCCCAGGCCCCGCACUCGCCCGCCGUCGUCCUGGAUGCCGUGCACGGAGUCCCCCUGGACACGCCUGAGGUAGUCGCCGCCCGCGCCGCCCACUACCAAGCGAAGGCUCUGUCCGGCCAUCACCUGGGCAAGCGAUCCGUGGCUGCUGUCGCUCCCGUGACAUACAGCUCGUACGUUGCCCCCGUCUCCGCCGUUUCUUACUCCUCGCCCGUUGUUUCUCCUUACUCUUCCUUUGUUUCUCCUUACUCCUCCGUUGUUUCCCCUUACUCUUCGGUAGUUUCCCCUCUCUCUUAUUCCGCUGUAGUCCCUAAGGCUUACAGCGUCCAUCCCUGGUAAAAUACUCACUGUAAACUAUGUAAUCAGGCGAAGCUAACUCUGCAGCUAUUUUGAUAACACAGAGUAAGUAUGUGUCAUUUUAAACUUCUGUGAAAGUAUGACGUUUAAAAUAGCAUUCGCCCAGCCUGUGCUAUCAAUACCGCUGCAGACUUAGCUUUGUCUAGUAUGCGAAUGUGAUAUGUACUAAGUAUAUAAAGAAUAAAUUCAAGUUUGCAAAAUAAAUGGACCGUUUGAUCUA